AUGCUGAUUGGUCUCGUUUUCUUCGGCCGGAGAGAAAUGGUGAAGGUUUUGGAUUGCUAUCUCAAGAGAAAUUUGAAGGACAACGGAGGGCUUCUGGAUCAGGUCAUAUUCACAGUCCACACAGAUAACGAGGAGGACUUAGCAUACUUGGAGGACCUUCUGAAAACAAGCCCCAGAUAUUCGAAGCAUAUACAGACGCAGACUUACAGCGACGGAUGGUACACGGCAAAUUGGGAGCCAGUUAAGGACCCGAAGGCAGUCUAUAUCAAGAUAGAUGACGAUGUGGUGUUCAUCGAGAACAAGACCAUUUCCGCUGUCGUCACACGCCUUCUCGACAAUCCACAAUAUUUUGCUGUUUCAGCGAACGUGCUAAACAACCCUUCGUUAUCAUGGGUGCACUACCACAUAAGCGACUUCAACAAAGACGGCUCGACUCCAGCACCAUAUGCCGGUCAUCGCUGGCUCCCAGCACGCGUCCCUCCAGGAUCUCCCUACAACAUUGAAGAUUCUCCCGUCUCAACCUUCACUUACGACGCCUUCGGACCCUCACUCGGAAAUUGGGCCGCAGCAGCACAAUCACAUUACUCUUUUCUCCACCACCUCGAAAAGGGCGAUACCUGGCGAUAUGAGUUUGAUACGUGGGACUACUCGUACACGCGGCUCUCUAUCAACUUCUUUGCCAUCCGUGGUAAAGAUAUCAUGGAUGCUUUCCCUUUUCCGUUUUCAGACGAUGAGGCUUUCCUCACCGAGAUCAGACUAGCUGAGUUGAAGGGCAUGUGGCAUGGGCUGACGGAUACUGAUUUGAUGAGUAGGUAUAAAGCGUAUGCGGAUGAAAUGGUUUGUGUGAAUAUACCUGUUAUGUAA